CAAAAAGGGUUCCCAAUCAUAUUAAAGUUGUUCGUUAUCUCUGCUGGAUUGAAAGAGCAGUGCUAACGAAUAACUUUUGGCGGGAAUGACUCAAGACUCAAUAUUGAUGCCAACAAAACGUAACUACUUUAUUGUAAGGAGUAAGGUUAUGUAAGGUUAGUUUCCGUUUAUUUUUCUUUUUGUAUUUUCGAAAAAUGCCAAUAGACCACAAGAGAAUAAACGGUCCGGAAGAUACGGUGCCAUACCAAUUGUUUUCAAAAUUAAACACAAAGUCUCUCUCCAAAAAAUUCAAAGAAAUUUUGAAAGAUGGAAAACGAAAUGAUUCAAGGGCUCCGCUGGAGCACCGAAAAAUUUUCCUGAAAUCUGGCAUUGUCACUCAAGCUAAGGGUUCUGCAUAUAUUGAACUGGAUAAAACCAAGGUAAUAGUUUCAGUAUACGAUCCACGAGAGAUUCCUAACAGACAAGAUUAUUCUCUGAAAGGCGAAAUAUAUUGCGAAUUCAAAUUUGCACCUUUCGGCUGCACUAAACGCCGCCUGCACCAGCAAGAUGCUGAAGAAAAACAAUACAGUGCUCUAAUGAAGCAAGCUCUAGAAUCUACAGUCUGUCGACAUGAAUUCCCAAAUUUCCAAGUUGAUAUUUAUGCUCUAGUUCUUCAGAAUGACGGAUCUUGUCUGAGUGCUGCCAUAACAGCUGCUGGCCUAGCAUUAUCUCAUGCAGGAGUACCGAUGUAUGACAUGAUCACAUCAGUAACGGUGGGUAUCCAGAAUAAUGUCACGUUGUUAGACCCAACAUCAGUAGAACAAAACCUGUGUGAGGUUCCAAUAUUUGAGAAUAAAGAAAAUAAGGAACAUGGGGUGGUUGUUGUAUCCAUGCUACAUACACAUAAACAAAUAUCUCAGUUUCACCAGUCAGGAAGCAUUUCUUUGGAUAAGUUGAACGAGGUCAUUGGAGUUCUUGAGAAGGGAUGUGAAGAAAUUGUGCCUCUUGUUCAAAAAUCUCUAGUUAGGCAUGUGAUCAAGACUCUGCAAAGUUCUGGUGAUUAGUUAAUAAAUUAAUUGUUUUCAAGCGAUUUUUACUUCUAAUACUAAAGCAAUUCAAUGUUUUCUUUCUCUGGAAUUCCAUUCUGUUAUCUAUUUAUUGAUCCAUAAUGUUUUACUCUUUACACCAGUUAUUAUCAAAAUUUUGUACCAUGAUGAAUAAAGAAUGUUUUCAAUAUUUUUUAA